AUGAGUUGUAACAACGUGCCCUCUAAAGUGGACGUGAUGGGAUGGAACCAGCAGAGUCUCGCUGACUACAUGAGGAAGCAAAUGGCAUCGUGUGAGCUCCAAGUGUUCCCCAGCCUGUAUGUCCCAAUAAUAACUAAGAUCCAGAGUGACAUCAACCAGGGGGAGCAGAAGAGGGCUUUUGGUCAAAAAUCAAAAGCACAAAAGUACCCAAAGCAAGUCUUACCUGCACAACAGGAAGAAGUUUGGGACUCCGAUGAGUUUGACUAUGACAGUGAUCCUGACAAUGGAGGCGGUGUCCAGGAGGAGGACGGCUACAUCUGUGCUCAGAGUGAGCCUCAAGACGCAGACGACACGUACGAGAGCUACGAGACGCCGCCCUCUGCAAACACACUGAAGCCCCCCCCACCUCCCAGAGUGCAGCAAAGUCACAACACAGAUGCUGUUCCAGAGCCGAUCCCUGCUAAAAGGAAGUCAAAGGCUGCAUACCCUCGGACCACAAGCAACAGCCUUAUUCCUCAAAGACCUGCGCUACCCCCCCAACCCAAUCUACAUUUGGACAGGAGCAAGAAGCCCUCCCAGACCGACGUUGCAAAAUCAAUAGAGGGCAGUGCUGUCAAGGCUCCCGGCUCAUUCACAGGCAGGAUCCCAAAACCCAGAAUCCCCAGAGCUACAGAUGUGUUCAACAGAAUAAGUAAACGCGAUCAAGUUCCUUCAGCGCCCACAAAGCCUGCUCCGGUUGAAUCAAUUCAAAAACCAACAAGGUGCAUUGAGGGUUUGGAUCCCAGUUGGUAUGGAGGGAAGGUGACCAGACGUGAAGCUGAAGCUGCUCUCAGAGAGAUGAACAAGGACGGAGCGUUUGUGGUGAGGGACAGCUCACAGGGCGCACUUGAGCAGCCUUACACCCUGAUGCUGCUGAAACAAGGCAAGGUUUACAACAUUAUGAUCCGUAACCAAGGCAACUCCUACUCCCUGGGCACCGGCCUCAAAACCACCAAGAGUUUCCCCGGGGUGAAGGAGAUGAUUGCCCAUCACACACACACCCCUCUGCUGCUCAUCGAUGCCACAGACCGGAGCUCUGAAGCACAGAACCAGUGCUGUCUGCUGCACCCUGCGGGACUCGGACCAGCACCACCACCAACCUAAUGGGGCUGUUUACCUUGGUUUCUGUAUGCUAAUGUGAGCACAUGAAUCAACAACCCAAAACAAAUGUCACCAUUUUCACAAUCACCAAGAUCAUUGUUAUGCAAUUCCUCUUUUGUAACUUGUUUAGCAUUUUGACUAAGCAGAACGGGGAAAAAGGGAAUAUUUCAA